AGGACACGUGUCUGACUAUUCCGUCAACAAAAGCAAACAAACAAUCAGCAUAAUAAUAUUUAUUUAGCUUAAAAUUUUGAAGUUAUUCUUCGAUAAUGUUGAUGUGUCGCAAAAUCACAAUUUUCUACUGCCAACAAACACGCAAGAAGUUUGUAACCUUUUUCAUAGUUGAUAAUACUUAAAUGUGAAUAAUUCACAGUGAAUUUCACAAAGUUCGAAAUACAAAUUUUAAUUUUGUCCCGUGAUCAAAUUAUCGUUAUUUGAAAUCCUGCACAAAUACCAAAUUACCAAGUCUUAUGGGUCUAAAUCCAGUAAGGAACCAGAUUUAGCCAGCAGUACUCCCACUCAUCAUCACUCAGCAGCCAGAAUUCAGCAAACUACUCGAACACGACUCUUGCUCUCCAGUUGUCAUCCAGCCACUUACUUUGACUUUUUUUCUGGCAGCCGUCGACCCAACUUCCAGUCGUCGAUCGUUUUGCGUAUUCGGUCGAUAUUUUAAAAUGUUUAAAGCAGGCUCAAUGCUUGACGGCGGUUUGACCUUCCAUGAGAUUUCUGUGGGACAGUUUCAUCUCGUGCGACGGAUCGCGUCUGGGGGCUUUGGCGAGCUGUAUUUAGCAAUCGAUCCCAGAACGUUGAUCAACUUUGCAGCAAAACUUGAGAGAACGUCAACUAAACAUUCACUGGAUCAUGAGAACGCAGUGUACAAACUUUUGGAAGGCGAGGAGUCUAUCGGCAUUCCGAAAAUCUGGUGGUUUGGACAAAUGGGAAAACGUAACGCUCUGGUGAUGGAUCUUCUGGGACCCUCAUUAAGCGACCUUUUUGAACUCUGUGAAAAGCGCUUCUGUGUGAAGACGGUACUCUUACUGGCUGAUCAAAUGAUUGCAAUUCUCCAGUACAUUCACUCAAAAGGAAUCGUUCAUCGAGACAUUAAACCGGACAACUUUCUGAUGGGCGUGGGAGAUAAGUGUGACCAAGUGCAUCUGGUGGAUUUUGGACUCUCAAACAGGUUCCUGGAUUCUCAAGGCCAGCAUACUCCAUACACUGAAGGGAAUCCGAUGGCAGGGACGGCGCGCUACGCCUCCAUUAAUGCUCACACUGGAAUUGAACCGAGUCGCCGAGAUGACCUGGAAUCACUCGGCUACCUCCUCGUCUACUUUUUGAAGAAAGGUCUCCCCUGGCAAAAUAUGAAGGCAAGGGAUCGGACGAGACUCUACAAAAAAAUUUACGACAUGAAGAGCAGCAUGGGACCCAAAACCUUGUGCAAAGGACUACCAGAUGAAUUUGAGAAAUAUCUGGACUAUUGUCUUGGCCUCGGUUUCGACGAGACACCCGACUACGAAUAUCUUGCCCAACUUUUUCGAACCUUAGCUCAAGAGCUAGGCCACGAGUAUGACUUCUUUUUCGACUGGAAUAUCUUGGCUAUGAUGGCGAUGUAAUAAGAAAAUAUGACCGCGCUCACCUUAAUUUAUUUAUUCAACUCGCACUACUCGCAGUCUGUACCAAAGCGCAUGACUUAUUUCAAUGACGAAAUGAAUUAUUUUGGUUACAUGUCUUAUCAAAUCUGAAUCAUGCUAGUCUUUAAUUGUAGCUAAUGUGUACAAUAUUAUUUUAAAAAACUAAAGUAAAUCUUGUUGAACGGUUUAUUAGUUUACAUAAAACUGUGUGCGCCAUAUUUAUAUAAUGUCUUAAAUUUAAAAUAUUUAGAAAUAAAUGCGACACAAAUACAAUUAUUCAGUAUUU